CUCCAGCUUAGUCCAGUGGACAGUAGUCGGUUGUCAUGCUCAGCGGCUGCUGCAUGCAGACAGAACAGGGUAGAGAACUGAAGAGCAGAAAACAAGUAUGGAACGGACCUGGAGGAAUUCAGGCAAGGCAAGAAAGGCACACGCAUGUGGACAAACGAACCAACGAACAAACCAACAAGCAGAAAAGCUCCAGAAAGAGAGGAGGAACACACGACUAGAAGAACGGAAGUAGUACUAGCACAAGCAGGGCCUCCCCCACUGGGCCCGGCCACAAUGGCACGAACAAGGUUCCCCGGACAACUCUGCUGGUGCAUCUUCUUCUUCUCCCUGCUGUGCUGCUCCUAUGCUUCCCCGUCUCGCCCUCUGAUCUCCAACAGCAGCGGCGGGAUCACCCAUCUCCCUGGCUUCCAGGGACCCCUCCCCUUCCACCUCCAGACAGGGUACGUGGAGGUGGACAAGAGCAAUGGCGUCCGCCUCUUCUACUACUUCAUCCGCUCCGAGCGCAGCCCGGCCGACGACCCUCUCAUGCUCUGGCUCACCGGCGGCCCCGGCUGCUCCGUCCUCACCGGCCUCGCCUACGAGAUCGGCCCUCUGAGUUUCGAUGUUAACGGUUAUGUCGAUGGCUUGCCUAAGUUGGUGUACAACCAACAUUCAUGGACCAAGGUGUGCAAUAUCAUUUUUCUUGAUUCUCCUGUUGGUGCUGGAUUUUCAUAUUCCGACACGGGGGAAGGAUACGUUUCAAGUGAUAUCAAAGCUGUCCGCCAAAUUCUCAUCUUCCUCAAAAAGUGGUUCGAUGAGCAUCCAGAGUUCAUGCCAAAUCCUCUUUACAUCGCCGGUGAUUCGUACUCUGGCAAGAUAGUGCCAACUGUCACGUCUGAAAUCGCCAGAGGUAAAGAAGAUGGCCGUGAACCAAAUUUUAAUCUAAAGGGCUACCUCGUAGGCAAUCCAGUCACAGAUUCUAACUUUGAUGGUCCAUCCAGAAUUCCAUUUGCUCACGGGAUGGGUAUCAUAUCGGACGAAAUAUAUGAGUCAUACAAGAAGAGCUGCAUUGUUGGCGACAACAGCCACCAAAGCAUUGAGUGCAUGAACAGCCUUGACGCCAUACAAGAGUGCCUCAAAGGCAUAUGCCCGAACCAUGUUCUGGAGCCCCUCUGCGCUUUUGCAAGUCCUCAUGCUCACAAGAUGGAGACGAAGCCAAAACUAAAUUCAGGCACGAGGGAGAUGCUCCAGCUCCAGGAGUAUACUGCAGAUGCAGAGCUUCACUUGUCUGAGAUUUCAUUGCAAUGCAGAACUGCAGGAUACAUAAUGUCCAGCAUAUGGGCAAACAAUGCGUCAGUAAGAGAGACUCUUGGUAUUCACAAGGGAACGGUUCCUUCAUGGUCAAGAUGCAACUACUACAUACCUUAUACUAGUGAUAUUCCAAGUACGGUGAAGUACCAUCUGGAUGUGACCAUUAAAGGCUACAGGAGCCUUGUCUACAGUGGUGAUCAUGACAUGGUUAUACCUCAUAUCGGCACGCAAGCAUGGAUUAAGACCCUUAAUUUCUCUAUUGUGGAUCGCUGGAGGCCAUGGUUUGUCGAUGGGCAAGUUGCAGGAUUUACAAGGUCAUACUCUAACAACCUUACAUUCGCAACUGUGAAGGGUGGUGGGCAUACUGCUCCGGAGUACAUGCCAAGGCAGUGCUUCGAUAUGUUUGCAAGGUGGGUUUCUGGCGACCCCCUUUGAUGGCAUCAUUCGAGUUCCAGGUUUAGUUAAUUACUCGGUGCAUUACGUUGCAAGAGAAAUGUAUUGGUAGUUUUGCUAAGUGUAGAAAGGAACAAGGAAAAGAAAUGUGGAAGGAAGCCUGAUUUGUAAUGCAAAUUACUCUUAGGUGUGUAGCAUCUAUUCAUCCUUAGAGAGUCCAUGUUCGCUCCCAAGCGGUGGAGAAAAUUGUGCUGCUGAAAAAUAAAGGGAAACACCUCGUCCUUCUAUACAAAUAUUGUCAAUGUAACCGUGGUGAUUAUUUGGAUGUA